CGACCACAUCACCAUCAUAACACGCGACGACUGCACAAUUGACACUGUAUUUUAUAAAGUAAACUCUCGAAAAGCGCGCCCUGUACCGCAAUAAGCCUUCCCGAAACAACAAUCAUGUCGGAAAAGCCAAGAACAAAAGACAAGGAAAAGGACAAGUCCAAGGUCCAUAAGCUCUCCCUCAAAGGCAGCUCUCGCCUCGUCGCCGAAUUUUUCCAAUACUCUAUCCACACCAUCCUCUUCCAACGCGGCGUCUACCCAGCAGAAGACUUCACAGCAGUCAAGAAAUAUGGCCUCAACAUGCUCGUCUCCUCGGACGACCAAGUCAAAGCAUACAUCAAGAAAAUCAUGUCCCAGCUCGACAAAUGGAUGCUCUCCGGCCAAAUCUCACGCCUCGUAAUCGUCAUCACCGACAAAGACACCGGCGAGCACGUCGAGCGCUGGCAAUUCAACGUGGACAUUUCGGCGCCCGCCAAGUCCAGCAAGUCCAGCAAAUCGUCCACAUCGCGAGAUAAAGAGAAUAGCGCGGCCGCCGGCGCACCUAAGGAGGAAAAGACAGAAACCGAGAUCCAGUCCGAAAUCGCCGCCAUCUUUCGCCAAAUCACCGCGUCCGUCACUUUUCUGCCGCAACUCUCGGGCAACUGUACCUUCAACGUGCUCGUCUACGCAGAUGCCGAUAGCGAGGUCCCUGUUGAAUGGGGCGAUUCGGACGCCAAGGAGAUUGAGGGCGGCGAGAGAGUGCAGCUUCGAGGCUUCAGCACGGCAAACCACCGUGUAGAUACCCUUGUCAGCUACCGCCUGGGAGAAUAAAACUGGCAAAGGCUUGACCGGUGUUAUUAAUAUUUACGCGUAAUGAAUACUUGCAUCUCACACCACGGCUUCAGGAGGUCCAGCCGUUUUUUAUCAAUCGUUUCAUUGGAUAUCUCUUCGCUCGUCAACCGUACAAUGUAUUUCGUUUGGGUCAUUUGUCAAUGCUUUCGUCUACUCUUCCAAAACUCCAAAACAACCGCCGCACGCUUCUUAUCUAACAACUGCAACUCCGAGUAAAAAUGCUUUCUCCCUAUUCAUGCCACUUGCAACGCCUCUAUGCUAAUGUCUUGUACUACACUCGCUUGAAAAAGUAAACGUACGCAAACUUGCGCAUCUCUUCCACCUCGCCUGCCUCCACGACCUUUUCGUCGUUGAAAAGCACCCAUUUUUCACCCUGCUCGGGGACCUGUUUUCGUACAAAUGCAACAUAAUGUCUGUGGAUUUGUUAGCUUUGAAUAAAGUACGUUAAACGAAAGAACUUACCCAGCAUGGAUACUAGUACCCUUGUGACAGGCAAUCGACUGUAGCUGGAAGUUUGCCGGCAACGUGCUGCUACCGGCCGGCUCUGAUGGUACUGCUGGCGCCGUGGCGGCUGCUGAAUCGUCGUCAAACAGCCCCUGGUCGUCAGGAUGGCUAAACAGCCACUCAACGGCUCGCUCAACGUCCCCGCCAGUCUCCUUCAGUGCCUUUUUAGCUUGAGGUGGCCCAAAACCCAUGGCGCCGAGCAUCUCAAUCUUCUCUGGGUCUGCCUCAGCAGCACCACCGGAACCCCCAGAAAUAACAAGUGGUGCGUCAAUAUCAGGGUCGUCCAUAUGGGCAAAGAGCCACUCCAUGGCAGCGUUUGCGUCCGAGUUUCCUGUGGCGUGAAGGGCCUUGUCGCAUCGGUUUCUUGGGAAGCCCAUACCUUCAAGCUGAGCAAGCGCUGCCUCAUCGGCAACAAAGGCCGGGGCUUGCGCUUCAGGUUCAUCGGGAAGAAGUUCUUCACCGGGCUGAACACCCUUGGAGAUGUAUUCGUCCAAGGCAAACGACUCGUCAGGCACCAUAACUGGUACGUCGAGCUUGAUGGGAACCCAGUUGACGACUGCCAUCUUUCGUGUGUUGACAGCCAACACAUCGGGAAACGUUUUGAACAGUGACUGCUUGGUGAAGCCAUCUUUGCUGCCACAGUCAGAACAUGUAAGUUCCACCUUUUCAACACCGGUAAAGGUGUCGAGGCAUUCCUUGAGUGUGACUGGCUUAUACUUUGGCUCUUCGCCCUCCUCUGCAGGUAGCUUCUCCAGCGGCACAUCCAAGAAGAUGUUAUCUUGCUCUGUGGAGCUGUAUCGGACCUUGUGGCAUCCCAAGCACUGAAGCCUCUGUUCGAGGACAAAGCGGAACUGUGCUGUAGGAUCAGACAGUCCGCUGCCGUGCUGUGAUCGGCUGAUAAUCUGGAACAAAUGUUGUAGGAACUCAAAUGCAUCCUGCUGCCUCAUGGUGGAGAACUCUUCGUGUCCUCUUCCGAUCAGGUGCUUGAGCAUGGCUGGGGCCAAACCCUUUUGGUGGGCAACUUCAGACUCAGGCACGAGAGCAGAGUCGACCUUGGCAUAUCGUCCGGACCACAAUCCGUCUGCUAUUUUGCGAAGCUGGGUUUCGAGGUCGGCGGCUGGAUCUUCGACCAUGGGUAAAUCGUCAUUUGGUCGGUAAUAACGCUCUUUAAAGGCGGGCAUGUCGAAGAGACACUGGACAAUACUGGCAAGGUAGCAACUGUUGCCCAAGUUCUUCAGACCAGUCAAACCCGGUCCAAAUAGCGGAUUCAAUUCCUUGCCGUCCUCUGUCGUCAUGCUAAAGUCCCACUUCAGGUUUUGCUCGAUUUGCAUUUCUGUCAGACUCUUUUCCGUCUUUUGGCGCUCCGCCAGCAUGAUGCCCCAGUGGGCAAGAUGCUCACCGAGAUUUUCGUCAAGUCGUUCCUCGUCACACUUGUAGCAGUAGAUAUCGGCUGUGCCUUCGGGGGUGAUGGAGCCCAGUUUGACAGCCACUCCGUGGGAGGAUUCAUCCGAGUGGGCAAGGGCAUGCGAAUUGCCGUCGACACCUCCCAUUUGCUUUCUGCCACAGCCCAAGUUGCCACAUUCGAGACAAAGCCAGAGGUUUUCAUGCAAAUCGCAAGCGUAGCAGUGGCCCAGCUCGCCCUGUUCAAUCUUACGCGAAGCAUGCUGCUGCAUGAGGAGCACGUGCUCGCAACUUGUGAGCUCCUGUUCCCAUGCCUUGACCUCUUCCUUGCGAGAGAAAGUGUUGGCCUUCAUGACAGCGUCAACAAUGCCAGCUAACUUGUCGCUUGUUCUGUCGAGGUCGGUGUUGCACUCGAGGCAUCGGACGGCGAGGGCCAUGUCGUAUCGGUCGUCUUCUGUUUCGGCAGCGAUGGCCAGCUUGGACAUUUUGCUGGGCGGCUCAUCGCGCUCAAUGGCCUUGCGAGUGCGGCGAAUGUUGAGAACGAGCGGAUGGCUACGCAGGGCAGCGUGGAGGUGGUUGUGAUGGCGAUCGCCUGCGCAGCCGCCGUUGAAGCACUGCAGACAGACAUCAAGACCCAGAGGAUCGUCCUGGAUAAAGUAUACAAAGUCAGUGAUUCAAGGACAAAGAAAAUGUAGCCAAAAGAGACGUACGAUGGAGUCGAAGCAUUGUGUGCAGUCUUCUCGAUAGACAGACUGAGAGACGCUAGGCGGACGGAGGUCUAUUAGUUGAUGUUAGCCACAGAAGAUUCUAGUAUUGUUAAUAUUCUUCAGUCUUACUGGUAGCCUCCAGAUGUGGACAAGACAUUUUUGUAUUGUUGCAAAUACUCGAUCUGAUCCUGUGAAGCUGGUGAUGAUG